AUGCCUCCAAUCGCACAAAGAACGCUGCUUGAGAAGGGAUGGUCAUUCAAGAAAGCAACAGAUGGACAUGAUGCUUGGAAGCCUGUGGCCAAAGUGCCAACGGUUGCCCACAUUGACUUGAUUGAAAACGGAAUCAUCCCUGACCCAUUUUUGGAUAUGAAUGAGCUUGAAGUCGAAUGGGUUGGAGAGACGGCUUGGACUUACCGCACUACUUUUGACUCGCCGUCUGCCAGCAGUAGAUCAGUGUAUCUUAUCUUCGAGGGUCUCGAUACGUUUGCUCAAGUCAAGCUCAACGAUGUCGUCAUACUAGAGAGCGACAAUAUGUUUCUCAGCCACCGUGUGGAUAUCACUGACAAGCUUUGCAACGAGGGUACCAACGUGUUAUCCAUCGACUUUGACAGCGCACUACUCAAGGCCAGGGAGAUCACAAAGCAAUAUCCUGAUCAUCGAUGGGAGCUCUUCAACGGAGAGGCUGGACGCUUGGUUGUGAGGAAAGCUCAAUAUCACUGGGGAUGGGACUGGGGUCCAGUGCUUAACACCGCCGGUCCAUGGAAGCCAGUCUGGCUUGAAGUGUCAUCCGCCCACAUAAGUGACUUCCUCCUCAAUUACAGUGUUUCUCCAGACCUUGAAAAGGUUCAGGGCACGGUGGAAAUCGACGCUGAAGGGUGCUAUGACACGGCAAAUAUCUCUAUCCUCUUUCAAGACACUCUCGUUCACGAUACAGUGGUAGCAAAGCCUUCUAGUGGCCGUCUGGUUGUCCCUUUUACUAUAGAUCACCCCAAACUGUGGUAUCCUGCUGGAUACGGUCAUCAGUCUCAGUACACCGUUAGUGUCAGUAUCGUCAAAGAUAGCCAGAAGCUGGAUGCAAAGACCAAGAAGACUGGCUUCCGGAGGAGCGAACUCGUUCAAAACGGAGACUCUCAUGGGAAAUCAUUCUUUUUCAGAAUCAACAACAUUGACGUCUUCUCCGGUGGCUCAUGCUGGAUUCCGGCCGAUAACUUUCUACCUCGAAUCACCGCUUCCAAGUACCGAGACUGGUUGAAGCUUAUGAUAGAAGGCAAUCAGAUCAUGACGAGAGUUUGGGGCGGUGGUAUCUACGAAGACGACACUUUUUAUGACUGCUGCGAUGACAUGGGCAUUUUGGUGUGGCAGGACUUCAUGUUUGGCUGCGGAAACUAUCCUGUAGGUCCAGAACUCAUCCGAUCGAUUCGCGAGGAGGCAGUGCAGAACGUCAGUAGACUGCAUCACCACCCUUCAGUCGUGAUAUAUGCCGGCAACAAUGAGGAUUACCAGGUUCAAGAGCAGGCAGGUCUCGAGUACAAUCCAGACGACAAGGAUCCUUCUUCUUGGCUCAAGUCUUCUUUUCCGGCUCGGUACUACUAUGAGCAUCUCUUACCAGAGGUAGUCAGUGAGGUAUCUCCAGGGAUGACAUACUGGCCUGGAUCACCAUUCUCUGGAGGCAAAGACACUACAGACAAGACUACAGGAGAUCUCCAUCAAUGGAACGUUUGGCAUGGCACGCAGGAGAAAUACCAGGUCUUUGACAGGCUGGGUGGUAGGUUCAAUAGCGAGUUCGGUAUGGAAGCUUUCCCGGCCUUGUCAACGAUUAAGCACUGCAUCACUGAAGAGUGCGACCGUUUUUCGCAGUCUCAGAUGAUGGAUUUCCAUAACAAAGCAGAUGGUCACGAACGACGAAUCGCCACUUAUGUGGUCGAGAACUUUCGUCCUCUUCCAGAUCUAGAGUCUCACAUAUACUUGACGCAGCUUUGCCAGAGCGAAGCCAUGACUUUUGCGUACCGCAGCUGGCGUCGCCAAUGGGGAGACGAUCGUAGAUGCGGCGGUGUUCUCGUCUGGCAGAUGAACGAUUGCUGGCCCGCCAUCUCAUGGUCCAUCGUCGAUUACUUUCUCACAAAGAAGCCAGCAUAUUACUCCAUUCGUCGAGCCCUCAAGCCCAUCGCUGUGGGUGUUCAGCGACAACACCACGACUGGAGUGUCGUUCAUGCAAGACCAGCGAAGACUUCUUCGUUUGAAGUCUGGGUUGCAAGCAACAAGCAGGAGGAGAUUACUGUCACUGUUGAAAUUCGCUUCAUAUCGAUCAAGACUGGCAGUGAUAUCAGGGAUAAAGUCGUCAAGGCCAACACGGUUUUGAUUUCGAAUGGGACGACUGACAUCCUGACUGGACAGAUUGACAAUGUAAAGGAUGAGCCACAUGUCAUAUCUGUGCGUAUUUUUCAGGGCGACACUUGUGUCUCACAAGACGUCGAUUGGCCUCAACCUCUCAAGUAUCUUGACUUCUCCGACAGAGGUGUUGAGGUUCAGGUUGGGCCAGAUGGGUAUCAACUCACGGCCAACAAACCCACCAAGGGCCUAGUCUUUGAAGAGCUUCCCGGUAUCUCCUUAGAAGACAAUUGCAUAGACCUGAUGCCUGGCGAAGUUGCUACUGUAAAGGUCAAUGGAGUCGAGAUGUUAUCUGGAGUCCCAAAAUACAGAUACCUACGUUGA